GGCGAGCGCAUCGAGCUCGACGGUGGGGCGUCGGCCUCGAGUGCGAGCGCCAGCUCGGCCAGCGAGGCGGGCGCCGCCGGACCAGGCAAGUACCUCUUCAGGGCCAGGAUCGAGCUCAAGGAGCUGCAGCAACAGUCACCCGAGCGGUCCCUCUCACUGGCCUCGGGUGAGGCCCUCCCGCCGCCCGACGAGAAGCAGCCGACCACGCCCUACGCCUCACGCCAGGGGCGCGGUGAGGUGGGGAAUGUGUGCAUGUCGUCGUCCCUGCCGGCGUCGUCAGUGCUGAGCCGAACCUCCACCCCACGUGCAGCCGGGGGGGCUGGGGACGCUGCGGCCUGGUACCUGUCGGAGAGACGGACAUCCAAAUGGGUCUUCGAGUAAGAGAAGCACAUCUGGCUCAGGGCUUUGGACAGACAGACCAAUUAAUGACGCAUGUCGUCUGUCUGUUGUCGUGCUUGUGGCUGCAGGGAGCUGGCCCGCCGCUUCCCGAGUGAGUUUGUGGUGCGCAUUAUCAAGGCUGGGGAACUUGAGCUCGAGACGGGAGUCAUUGAGAUCGACGAUCUGCUGCCUGAGUAAGGACGGAAGGAUGAAUGCACUGCACGGCGUCAAGACGUGCAUGAUGCGAACGAAUCUCUCUGUCUGGCUGUCUGUGUGUUGUGUUGGGUCGGUGUGUGUGUGUGUGCAGGGAGGGAGUUGUGGACGACUUGCCGGAGCACCAGAGGGAGAAGAAGAAGCACCAGGCGCUCGUGUCGCUUAUCGUCGGCAUCGCCUGCCAGAGGAAGCGCCUCGGCACCCCCGCACAGAAGCGCAAGAUCAGCAACGUCCCAUCCAAGGCCGCUCGGGACCUCUCGCGCUUCUCGUCCCCCAUCCGCCCCAUCCACCACGCAAUCACCGACGGCCCACCCUCCCUCGCCGCCGGAUCGGCCCCCGCACACGCGGGCCUCGAGGCCCACUCACUCGUGUCGUCGCCAGACACCGGUCUGCAGGACAACGGCUUCCCCCCGCUGCACGCGGGCAGCCAGCCCAAACCUGUCAUCUCGGAGGGCGCCGCGAGGACCAUCGGACAGCCGCCAUCGAGCUACGCUGACAACACUGGUGGCUCCGAGGGCGGACCGCUGCUGUCGCCCAUGACAGAGGGUGGCCCGAGGGGCGACGACCAGUUCUACUCGCCGAUGGGAGGGUCGUCGGUGGAGGUGUCGCCUCUCAGACAGAGGGGCGGCGACGGCCUCCCGCCCUUCCCAUCCACACUGGGCGCUGGAGGGCCCCCAGAGCCGCCAUCGGCUGACGCCACGAGCAGCGGCAUGCUGGCCGGACCCCCCCCCUACCUCAGCGCCAUCUCCGGUGCUGGCGGUGCGGGGGACAGUGUGAUGGGUUCGCCCUUCCCCAUCUCAGCCGAGGGCUUCGGAGGCGGCGUCUAUGCACCCAUCGGCAUGCCCCGCAAAGGCUCGGCUCCCCGGCUCCCGCCGCACUUCCAGAGCCCCGACCCCCUGCAGCAACAGAGGCUCAGACGCGCUUCCCAGCCGGACAUCCCCGUGGUGCCAUCCGCCUUUGGCGGGUCGUCUGACGUGUCGUUCGAGUCGCCCAUGAGACCGCCGGGGCUCGAGCCCGCCGACCAGAGCGGCAGUACUGUGAGGAUGACAGCGGGCGAGGGCCUGCCGUGCAUGCAACACGGGCUGGGGUUCAGCCUCGGGAUGGAGAGGGAGCUGCCCUUCGUCACCGUCCCGCGGCCGCCGAUCGACUCGCACAAGCGGUUCUUCCCCAUGGCGUGGCAUCGCGACCAGGGCCACCUCACCGCCACACCACCGGGUCCCCAACACAUGGGCCAUCCUAUGGGGGCGACGACGGGCUACGGCGGGUUCGGAGCACCUGGUGGUGGGAUUGGGUCGACUUACGCGGACCCUACCGCCAUGAGGGGCAUCUCCCCCGGCCCCUACAACAUGGCCAGUGUGGCGGGCGCCCUGCAGGCCACCCCUGAGCACCCCCCACCUCCGUCUUUCGGCCACGACGCCCUCAGCAAGGGCGCUGGGCUGCCUCUCUCGAUGCCCUCCCCCAUCAUGGGCACGCCCAUGCCCAAGAUGGCGGGUGGGGCUGCCGUCGGCUCGUCGUCUUCAUCGGUCGCGUCGCCACCCCACCAGGACAAGCCGACCCCAUUGGCCGAGGGAGAGGGAGAGGAGGGAGAAGGUGGUCUUGACAUGGAUGAGGGCAAGGAGGCCAUCCCGCGGCCGACACGAGAGCAGCUGUUGGCGUGCAACCCGCAGCUGAUCCCGCACCUGCGGCCGCGUGAGUUGGAGUUUGAGGGCGGUCCGCGGUUCACGCGAGAGGGGCGUGUGCUGAUGAUGAAGAACGUGCGGGGUGACGUGACUUUGGACGAGAUCCAGAGGGAGGUCAAGCGGGGCGGCGAGCCGGUCCGCAUUCUCAUCGACAUCCAGAACGAGGACCAAGCCGUGCGGCGGUUCCUGGAUGGCAGCGACCUCCAGAUGCCCGGACAGCCUAACCUAGAGAUCUACACCGAAUACCCAGUGGUCAGUCAGUCAGUCGCCCAACAGACAGCCAUGAACAGAACCAGAACACCCAUGUAGUGUCCGCCUCUGCUCAUUUGUUCCUUCAGAAUACGCUGGCCGUGCGCAACUUCAUGAUCAUGUCUCCCCUUCUGAUCGACCCCAACUCCAUCUCGGAAAACGAGGCCACGGCCAUGAUUGGCCGGUGGAAGGAGGCCGACCCCGCCCACCCCGCCACCAAAGAGCAAGCCGUCACCGAUCACAAGAAGAAGACCCCUAGUAUCACCACCAAGAACCCUGCCGGUGCCCUCAAACACAUCAACACGUCGGCGGUCCACGGCGUGCCGCUCAGCAAGAGGGUGGGGCCGGCCCUUGAGGCUGCGGCCAGGGAGGCUGGCAUCGUCGCCGUCAAGGCUGCCUGCAAGGCCAACGACCCCAAUCCGGCUUACCCCCACCCCUACGCCCCCGCACCGGCACAGGCAAACACAAGCAGCAGCUUCCGUGCGCAGCAGCACGCCGUGAGUCCCAGCCCCAGCCGCCCCGGUCAGGAAGACAUCUCCGGGCAUGUGGGUGGGUCGAUGGGCGACCUGCGGGCGUCGGUCGGCCCACGGGAAGUGGACGACGACGGCACCAUGUCCGAGACCAACGCACAGACCUCUCAGUCGCAAGCGCCUCCCCCACCUGCAGGGCCGCCACCCUCCUCCUCCCCACCACCAGCAGCAGGAGCAGCAGCAGCGGGAGGAGGAGGUACCACCGGCGGCAACACGAGCCAGAGGAUGCGUUUGUCGUUCUUUGGUGGCGACGCUGUGGCAGCUCAUGCGGCGUCUUCGAGGGCGCCGGCAUCCCCGCCCCCGCCGGCCAAUGCGGUUGCGAGAGGGUCCACCGCCAGCCCAGGCAGCAGCAACGCUGAGGUGCAGCAGGGGCAUCAGGGUGGAAUGCUCAGCAAAGUCCUAAGUAAGCAGUAACGGAGGACGAAAUCCACACGCACACGAUUGAUGGGACAUAUACUGAUUCCAUCGUGUGGCUUUGUCUGUUGAUCAGAUCCCUUGUCCAGUCUGUUCGGUCUUCGCGGCACUCCCCCGCCAUCGCACCAGGCCGCGGCGUCCGAGGCGUCCUCCACCACCAGCCAGUCGGGCACCCAGUGGGGCUGGCACACCAAGCCAUCGCCAGGCCAGCAGCCCUCCGACUCACCCUCCUACCGACCCCUCCUACCCACACAGUCAUCCAACCCCAACCUGACCACCAGCUCCCUCAGCUCUGUCGGCGGCUCGCCCGUCCCCAGCACAGGGCGCGAGAACGAGCCCCCAGCGCUCCCCCUCCCACCGGCACUGGGCGAGAGUGCCAAGGCGAGUGCCCCUGGCCUGCUGCCGCAUCCGAGCGAGAGGCGGGGCAGCAUCACCACCGCCAAGGGCGCCAAGAAGACCGGCUUGCCACAGGGGGCCACUGGUGGGGGCGGCGCCGGCAUUCUUGGAGCGGCCCCUGCGGCGUCUGGUGGUGGUGGUCGUGGUGGGGGCAGCACACAGCCGCCCCCUCCGCCCGCUUCAUCAGCGACUAACGGGGGGUUGCUUCCUACACCCGGACGGACCAGCAGCCGCAAUGGCGAUGGCGACAAGGCCGCCAAGUGAUUGCACCGUGACUGACUGACAUGAUUACUAGUAGCGAUGGACGGGUAGCCAGGACAGCAAGCCCAGUCAGACGGACCGUUUUGUAGAGCGAGCAGUCGCAUUAGGGGGAUCAGGAGGGAGGGAGGGAUCCAUGGAGGGAGGGAGGAAGGGCGCAGACAGACAGACAGGAAGUAGGAGUGAAUUGGUUGUCUAAUUUUUCGGAACAAAGCUGUCUGUCUGUCUGUCUGUCUGUGUGUGCUCGGGACCUCCUUCUCUGUCUACCCAUUGAUUGAAGUGCGCGUGUGCGUGUGCGUGUGUGACUUGGCUGAGGGCCGGGGAUCUCUCACAAUACUGCAUGGCCGUCAUGUGUGAGAGAGACCCCCGGCCACCUGCCAGCGUGGCUGCUGGUGUUAUCCAGUUGUCCUCUCUCUCUCUCUUUCUACAGUGUUGGUUCCCAUGUCCCAUGGUAUACCGAUCAAUCGAUGAAUGGCCAUUUUCUCCGGCCAGCCAGCCCGCCGGGCGGGCAUAAAGGAAGGAGGAGCAAUGCUCCGGGCUGCGUGCAGUGUACGUGUUUUGUGCUGUGUUGUACUGUGUUGCGAUGAAUGGCGGGUGUCGGACUGAUGCGGGAGGGGCUGAGGCUGACCGGGCUGACGCAUCACAAAGGCGGGUUGGCCUACCCGCCUCUGUGGUGUCUGUCCGUUGGCCGACUAGCUGGCUGGCUGGCUGGCUGGCUGCGUGUAGAGUAAGGUCCUCCCUGGCUGCCUAUCUCUCCCCCUCACUGCCUGCCUCUUGCUUAACCGACCCAUUCCAUGCAUCCAUUCCAUCCAUCAUGCCGUGUGUACUCUCGGGAAGAGAGAUUCAUUGUGCUGUAACUGCCUGCCUGCCUGCCUGCCUGCAUACACGCCUCUCAUCCAUGCCAUCGAUCGAUGCCCUUGAUGGGCCGGCCCCUCUCCCCUGAUUUUGCCCCUCACUCUCUCUCUCUCUCUGUCUCUCCCUCUUGAGUGUGACUUGACCCUCCCACCCAUUUGUUUAUUUGCCCACCGGCCUCCUGUCUGCUCGAAAGGGCAGCGGGCAGACGAGUGAGUAUCGGUGGGCGGAUGGAUGGGUGAACUCCCUCCCCUGCGUAGUUGCGGACCGUGUUCGGAAGUGAGUGAGUGGGUGGGCCAAUGGAGGGAUUGAUGGGGGCCGGCGCUUUUUUGAAUUGAUUACGACCGAGGGUGGGGGAUGCCUGCUGCCUACAUGUCCGGCUGUCUGUCUGUCCGUCUGUCUGGUGGGUGGUACGCUACACGGGUGGCCUCCUUCUUCAUGCUUUGAAGGCUCUCCUUGCCCUGACUCGCCUUGCCUUGCCUUGCUUUCUUACCUUGCUGCCUCUCUCUCCCUCUCCCUCUCCCUUGGUUUCCUCUCCCUGGCCUAAUCUGUCUCGUGUCGCCCUCUCUCCUUGCGUGUGUGGUGGUGGUGGUGGUGAUGGUGGUGUGUUUCUCAUUCAUUCAUCGGGUGGUGAUUGAUUGGACUACGGGGCAAGGGUGGGCGGGCGGGGGGAGGGGAAAGGGUAUCUGUCGGUCGGUGGAUCAGCUCACAGCGCUUGGGGGGCGAAACCAGCCCAAAAAAGACCUGACCUUUCCUUCCUUGUCUCAAAUUCUUUCUUUCUUU